UCUGGUCACCAUAAUAUUAGUGGGAUUUAUGUUGUGUAGCAAUUCGUCAGUACAUUUGCUUGGUACUGCCAAAUGAACAGUGACGUCAUCUCAAUGCGACACAAUUAAGGACCCAUGCGCACGCUUUUAUUUUCUUUGUAUAGCUAUAACUGUAUUCAUUCAUUGUGAUAACACAAACUAGCAUUGCAAUUUGCAAAGUAAAACAUUUGCAGAAUAUGUCUGUCACGGAAAUGUUCAGCUAUAUCCAGGGUUUUCUGAGUGCGGAUCAAGAAAUUAGAGAGGAUAUUCGAAAAGUAGUCCAGGUCUUGGAACAGACUGCCAGGGAGAUCCUUACUUUGCUCCAAAGUGUCCAUCAACCAUCUGGCUUCAAAGAGAUUCCGAGUAAGUGCACAAAGGCCAGGGAACUGUUUUGUACUGUCAGGACGCAUCUUGGAGAACUCAAAACCAAAUUUCCAGUGGAGCAGUACUACAGGUUUCAUGAACACUGGAGGUUUGUUCUGCAGCGUCUAGCCUUCCUUGCAGCCUUCUUGGUCUACCUGGAGAGUGAAUCUCUGGUGACACGUGAGGAAGUGGCGCAAAUACUUGGAAUCGAGGUGGUGAGAGAAAAGGGAUUCCAUCUGGAUGUUGAGGAUUAUUUGGCAGGGGUGCUGAUCAUGGCCAGCGAACUGUCCCGCCUGGCAGUGAACAGCGUCACAGCGGGGGACUACAGCCGGCCGCUCCGGAUCUCCAACUUCAUCAACCAACUGGACUCUGGCUUCCGCCUGCUCAAUCUGAAGAACGACCCCCUGAGGAAACGUUACGACGGCCUCAAGUACGACGUGAAGAAGAUCGAGGAAGUGGUCUAUGACCUGUCUAUUCGCGGCCUGACCAAGGAGCAAGAGGCUCAGGGAGAGAAGUAGAGCUGAGGAAGGUGGUGCUGGUGGAGAGGGUUUGGGGUGGGAGUGACCUUAGACUGGGACUUCUCCGUUACUGGGACAGUGGAGAUGUGACCUGCUGAUUGGUAGGAACCGGGAGGUGUGUGUGUGUGUGUGUGUGUGUGUGAGAAAUCUGUCUGAGGGUUUGGAAAGCCUUUGAUUUAGAGGCACAUUUGUUCAAAGCUCAAGGUUUUUCCACUUGUCCCAUGCCGUACUGUAUGGCUUUUAUUAUGGUUUAAUGGUUUUCAAUGCUGUUCAGUUUCUUUAGGGAACUGAAGACAGUGUUAUACUUACCCCCAAGACAGUGUUGUACUUAUCAAUUUGAAAAAAAGUGCUUAUUUGAGUUUUGAACUUGAGUUUGGGCAGUUUCAUAUCAAUAUCCAGUUCAGGGUUGAUAUCUCAAUAUGUUUAUACAACAAAAAAGAGCCAGAAAAACAACAUAUGCACUGCUUAUGUGAGAAUUUACCUGCUGUGAACUUCAUACCAGAAGUGCAAUCGGUUCUCUUAAAUGUUGGUGGAAUGAUUUGUAUUGAACAAUACGUUUCCUUAAAAUGUUCUUUAACAGACUUGUUUGGUCUGUGUGGUUUGCAGCAAUCACACAUUUCAACUAGUAUUUGUGGUAUGUACAUUCCUUCAAACAAAAUGUUAGGUUGCAGAACAGCAUGACACAGAAUUGAACAGUUUCUCCAAUAAAUAAUGUUGAAUUAUCUGGCUGAAUAUUUUGCAACAGAACUUACACACUCUUAAUCCAGAGCAAUUUAAAGUCGUGGGUGUAUGCCUCAUCUUGCCCAUCACACGCUGUGAAAGGACUUACCGCCUAUGUCCCCAUUACUUUACUUCCCAUCUAAGGACAUUUCCCAAUCGUGUCAUCUACCUCUGGAUUGUUAGGUCAUCAAAAAUAUGAUUUUGUUCCAACCAACUUACCCUGAU